GCAAAUUAACUUACAGAAAAUCAUAACAUAACAGUUAACAUAAAGGUUAACAGUAAAAAAAGUCAAUAUAAUAGAAUUUUAUGGUGUUAAAACCUGUUUAAUAUGGAUGUUGAAUAUAGAAUAUUAAAUUUAUUUAAAACAAAACAAUACGAUGAUUGUCUAAAGCUUUGUGCAAACGCGCUACAAUACAAAGAUGAUCGUAUGAUUGACUUCAUACGAAUGAGGUCAAUGACAAUUCAAGCAAAAGUAGCUGGAAAUGGUUAUGAUGAAGUUUCAUAUUUUCCGAACCAAGAUGAGCUUACUGCUACUGCAGUGGCCAAAACACCCCGACCGGGCACGUCGUUCCAACAAAAGACCAAAACUACUACCAACCCUUCGGAGAUAACAAAGAAAAGAGUAACAGCAACAGCUGUGUCAAGAUCUCGACUUGCAACUACAACAAUCAGAACCCGGAGUGCAAGAACAGCAUUACACACUGCGUCACGGUUGUCAAGGGCGGCUACGGCAGUCGCAGGAAAUUCCAUUAUUCCGGGCAUGCCGCUCACAUUACGAUUUCUUGAAAAAGACGAUAAAUUGUUUAUACCAGCAUCAAAAACAUUAUUUGAGUAUAUCUAUUAUUGUGAAGGUAGCAUACGUAAGGCAAUGGAUGUAGCUUUCCAAGCCCAAAAAGCCGACAAUACAGUAAGCUGGUGGUGGAAUUUUUCAUUAGCUCGUUGUUAUUCUGUUCUUGGAAUGUAUCGAAACACUGAAGAAUGCCUACGUCAAGCUCUUAGACAAAAUAAACACGUUAGCAUUUAUCUACGAUUAAUCGCAAUGUAUGUUGGAAUGAACCAACCGUUGACCGCGUUGGAUGUUUGUAAACAAGGCUUGUCGUAUUUCCACGACUACGCACCUUUACUUAUUGAACAAGCUAGAAUUCAUGAAGAAAUGGAUUUAUCGGCAUUGGCUGUGAAAGAGUAUCGAAUGGUCGCUAUCGAAGACCCAUCUAACAUGGAAGCUGUUGCAUAUAUCGCCAUGUUUAACUUUUAUAACGAUCAACCUGAAAUAGCCCUACGGUAUUACAGGAGACUAUUAGCUACCCAGAGUCCAGGAGCUGAAAUAUACAAUAACCUUGGCCUUUGUUGCCUAUAUUGCAAUCAGUGGGAUCUAACGAUUCCCUGUUUUAGACAAUCGUUGUAUUUCAGUACGGAUCCAGAGACACGUUCAAAUAUUUGGUAUAACCUUGCUCAUGUGGCUUUGUCCACAGGUGAUAUAAUCUUGGCUCGACGCUGUUUACAAGUGAGCCUGGCUACAAAUUCUGGAAAUAAUGCAUCGGUGCACGCGCUACACGCAUUGAAUAAGAUACUUCAUUCUCGUAAUGCUUUAAAUUCAGAAAAUGUGAAUGCACAUAAAUGAUAACAAUUAAUUAAAUCACUUGAAAGUAUA